AUGCCCGAUGCCUUUCUCCCCUCUGUGAUCCGAGCAUCAGACCGCGGUGGCUUUCAGACUGAAGCGGAGGCAGCGUAUCUGGCCCUCCAGCUGAUUAUCGGCGCUGCGGACACGGUAUUCGCUCUUGCCCAGAUCUGCCACUGGAACUGCAUGAUCCCUACUGACACGACAGUAAACUACCAGAGCCAGAUCUCCACGUGGUCAUUCUUGGAAGCGAUGCUGCAAUACCCGGAUGUUCAGCGCAAGGCCAGGGCCGAGAUUGAAGCCGUGGUAGGCAACCGCCUCCCCGAAUUCGCCGACCUCGAGGGCAUCCCCUACAUCCGGUGCGUGAUGAAGGAGCUCUGGCGAUGGCGCCCUCCUGUGUCCCUUGGCCAUCCGCACGUCACGACGAGGGAUAUAGUCUACAACGGGCAGCGGAUCCCAAAGGGCGCUCGACUGCAUCUCAAUGCCUGGGCUAUUUCGCACGAUCCGAAACGCCACGAGGACCCAGAUCGGUUCUGGCCCGAGAGAUACGCGAAUGAUCAUACCACCAGCAUCAACUCCGCUGACGUGACCAAGCGUGAUCACUUCGCCUUUGGCGCGGGGCGUCGCAUCUGCCCAGGUUAUCACGUCGCAGAGCGCUCGCUCGCCAUCGCCGUAAUGCGGAUCCUCUGGGCCUUCGAGAUCAAGUGGGCUCCUGGGACACGGGAGCCCGUCGAUCCGCUGUCGUAUAUGCGCUGCUCGGAGAUGCCCGGGAACGCGUCGUCGAGACUGCCCGUCACGCUGCAGGUUUUGAGCCGCGAGAAGGCGGAUAUCAUUAAUUCUGCGUUCGAGGCCGCAAAGCGGGUGCGAGUCCAGAUUGCGAGUUUGUCGUUGGAGUAACCUCGGCACUGGGAGUGAAUGUGAAAAUGAACUACCAGGUUGGUAACGGGUAUAAGACCUAUCAGAGAUAUACGGAGUGUAUUUCACCAGUCCUGAGGUCG